AAGAGCAGUGAAAGAGCCUCGUACUCCACAUUCGGAAGAGACACAGGGAUGCCAGGACUAAACCAGACUGGUUUCCUGCCCAGUGAAAUGGGAAUCGCGAGUCCGAGCACGCUUUCCCCCACCGGGGUGAAAGGGGGGUCUCAGUAUUUUUCUUACCCCAACAAUCCUCGCAGGAGAGGUGCUGAGAGCAACAUAGCAGAUGGACAGCCCAAAAAGGUUCGGAAGGUGCCUCCUGGACUCCCCUCCUCGGUGUAUCCAUCCAACUCAGGUGAUGACUACAGCAGGGAUCCAGCUGGAUAUACUCCCUCGAAACCUCCCAGCACUGUGUAUCCCGGAGCCUUUUAUAUGGCAGACGGGCUCCACAACUCGCCAGACCUGUGGAGUUCACCGGGUGCCAUGAGCCAGUCGAGUUACGGUGCCAUGCUGGGCAGCUCCUCCUCCCCGCUCCCGCAGUCCAGCGGCUUCAACAGUUUACAUCAGCAUGAACGCAUGAACUACCAGCUUCAUUCAGGAGAGGUUAACGGCGGACUCCCUUCUGUGUCUGGCUUUUCCUCUGCCUCCACGCCGUACGGUGUCUCCAGUCACACGCCCCCGAUCAGCGGGACGGACAGCAUGAUGGGUAACAGAGGAACCACAGCUGGGAGCUCGGGAGACGCACUCGGGAAGGCACUAGCUUCAAUUUAUUCCCCCGAUCACUCUAGCAAUAACUUCUCGUCAAACCCCUCUACACCGGUCGGCUCCCCUCAGGGGCUUGCAGGCACAUCCCAGUGGUCGCAAGCGAGCGGACAGGGUGCCUUAUCUCCCAGCUACGAAGGGAGCCUCCACACUUUACAAAACAAAAUGGAAGACAGGUUGGACGAAGCCAUUCAUGUGCUGAGGAAUCACGCCGUGGGCCAGACAGCCGCCAUGCCGAGCAACCACGGGGACAUGCACGGGCUCCUGGGCUCACCGCCAGCCCACAGUGCUACCGUGGGCAGCCUGGGCCAGGCCUUCCCCGCCUCGGUCAUGUCCCUGGGGAACAGGCACCCGAGUCUGGUGGGAGGAGGUCACCCCGAAGACGGGUUAUCCAGCAACCCCAGCAUGCUCCACAACCAUGUCACACUUCCAUCACAGCCCAGCUCACUCCCUGACCUCAACAGGCAGCAAGACACGUACAGCGCAGGCUUGUCAGGGGGGCUGGGGCGAAGCAGCGUCUCCUCAGGAACCAGCGAAAUAAAGAGGGAAGAGAAGGAGGACGAAGAGAACACGUCGGUGGCAGAUAACUCAGAAGAGGAGAAGAAGGAGCUGAAACCCUCCCGGAACAGAACAAGGUGCUCUUUGAACAGUCAAGAUGAGGAUGAGGAGGACGAUCUUCUUCCCCCAGAGCAAAAAGCCGAGAGAGAGAGAGAAAGGAGGGUCGCCAAUAAUGCCCGUGAGCGCCUGCGGGUCCGUGACAUCAACGAGGCCUUUAAAGAGCUCGGACGCAUGUGCCAACUCCACCUAAACAGCGAAAAACCGCAGACCAAACUGCUAAUCCUACACCAGGCCGUAUCAGUCAUACUGAACCUGGAGCAACAAGUUAGAGAGCGCAAUCUGAACCCUAAAGCAGCCUGCUUGAAGCGUCGGGAAGAGGAGAAAGUGUCCGGAGUAGUAGGAGAUCCCCAGAUGACACUUUCAGCUUCACAUCCUGGUCUAGGAGAUGGUCACAACCCUGUUGGACACAUGUAAAGAUCUUUUUGUUCCUCUGGAUAGAGAGAUCUGUAGGAAGAAAACCCUCGGUGUGACCUGCAACCUUCUCGAACCAUAAACUUUAGUACUGCUAAUACUGACACACGUGGAUGGAUCCUGGCAUGACGUAAGGGGUGGAAAAAACACCUUGUCAAAAACAAAACAAAAACAAAAAAAUUGCCUUAAGUAUAAAGUGCAGAACAGUCAAUACAUAUCACUCAGUUAGGAGGGGGUGGCGUGUUCUCUUGGCUUGUUCACAAGCAGCCAGCAGCAAAAUUGUGCCUAAGCUCAAUAUUUCUUUUUUAAAAAAAAAGAACAUUAGUUAUGAGAUUUUUUAUGUAGAACAAAUAGCAAUGCCUUUUGGUUUUUUUAGCUUCUUUUGCAUAUGUUUUGUAAGCAACGAAAAGAAUUUUUUUUUGUAUAAAAAAAUGUCUUGUACCCCACGCUUUUCUGCUGCUGUUUCUAUAGUUAACGUUGCAUCUUUAGGAUCAACCAGAAUAUUAAAAUUGUAUUAAGAGAGACUGGAUAUAAAGAGAGGAAUUCUCAGAUUCGGCUCUGAAAGCCACUAAAAGCGAAUGUAGCCACAGUGAGGGGAUGUUCUUACUUGCCUGGCUUGUACCUUCCAUUAUAAAAAAACAAACUCGUGCUGAAUUCACCAUCUCUUUGCUUUGGCCACUUCUGAUUUGGGAAAAGGAAGUUAAACUGCAAAGCAAGUUGCAGCAGUAUCCCUCAGCGGUGCUCCUGCUCCUCCCAGGAGGGGACUGAGGUCCAUCAAGGGUCUCUGCAAGAUUUGCUUUACUCCUGGAGGAUCCCAGAGGCCGUGGUCCCGCCUGGGAGAGGAGGUGCCUCGCGGCUGUCCAAAAGGGAGGACGAGCUGCUGGGAGAGAGCAGGCCUUGGGGGGUCGAAGAGAACCGAGGGACUGGGGCGCUUUCAAGGUAAGCAAAGAAGCAACACAGAUGCAAGACGAAAGCCCAGGGCGGAGGAAAGCGCCUCUUGCCCAUGAGUCUGAGCUAACACCCGCUGUCAGAGGCGCUUCCAGGGGCAGCGCUGAACAAAGAUGAACUGAACAAAGCUGGAGGACCGGGAAGAGGCAGAGGCGGAUGGAGCAAAGGCAGCAGCGGGACACCGUGCUUGGUGACCUUGCAGCAGAUGGACCCUGGCGGCAGGCAGCAGAGCACAAGGUGGCAAGAAAAGGAGCAGCUACCCGGCAUGUGCGCUCGCUCCAGCCCUCAGCACACCGGGACCAGCAGCAGGAUCCCUGUCUCUGCGCAGCUUCUCCCCACACUGGAGCCACCAUCAUCAGAAGUGCAAAACGCUGCAGGCAUGGGGAGAGAGGUGGUUUCAUACCCCACCUUCACUUGCUGUCGUAUCUCCAGAGCAUCCUUGGAGGCAAACUCAGCUCAGCAUGCCACCCGGCUUGCCGUGGGGAUGCAGAGUGGCCGCUGUCACCUGCAUGUGGGCUUCUCUUUCUGUGCUGGAAAGGAGGGGAGCAGUGAGCGCCCAUCCUGCGUGAGAUGCUCCAGCAGCCAAGCUGGGCCAACGAUGCCUUUGCUCCAAGGGCUUCCCAGUGUCACUCCAGACCGCUCCGGUGUGCUCAGCGGGAGGAAGACCCCCGGCAGCCCUACCGCAUGGCAGGGUGCCCCGGAGGUGCGGGAGCAAACAAAGGGGUGCUCGGUGGUGCUGAGCUGUGGCAGCCGUUCUGGAGUUGGCAAUGGAAAAGCGUCCACUGGGAAUUUAUUCUUGUUUCUUCCUUCUCCUUCCCCUUCUGAAAUACUUUGUGCCCAGUUCUUCCCAGCUCUGCAGGCGGACGGGGUCACCUCCCCACGGGGAUGUUAAAUCCCAUCUCAGCAGUGUCUGUAACGCUCUCGGACUGGGGCCGGCUGCUGCCCAGAUCUGCCUGGCAGAGCUCAAUCGGGCAGGAUAGUUCAUGGGGCACGGGUGCUGGCCUGGGGGGGAUGUGGGGACAGUGAGUAUGGUAGGACCCCCGGCACCAGGGUCCAUCUCUCCCCUCUGCUUCUCUGGCCUGUGCUCCUGGGGAAGCUGUGUUGCUUUGGCACAGGGAAAGGGAAGGACUGGCGAACAGGAUUAUGUCCUGUGGCACUUCCAGCAACCCCAGGCUUUAGCAUAACCUCCUGGUGCUCUUCCGUGCUUGUAGCUAUGCUUUGUGGUCCAGCAAAGCCUACUGGAAAUGCUCAGGACAUUGCUCACCUCCAACGUACACCCGGGUACCGUGGGCUCAGCCCCUUUAGCAUCUCAGAGGAGCCACUUACAAGUGCCAGAACAGUAUGAGACUGUCUCUCCCUGCUGCCCCUGGCACCGGCACUGCCCUGGGACUCUGCAAGGUCCAGCGAUAGCUCUGAGGCUUUCGGGUGCUCCUGGCUUUCCCUGCCCACAGCCCGCUGCUCCCACCAUCGCUUCUGUGUGGUGAUACCUGAGACCACAGCAGCCUCCAGCUCUGUCCCCAGGAAAGCCGGGAAAGGUCAGUGGCUGUGGUCCCUGCAGCCGAACACGCGUUCUUCUUGCCUGUGUCAACAGACAUGUUUCAGCCUAAUUAGCUCAUCAGGUUAUGACACUCUUCCCUCCCUUGGGUGGUUCUGCCUGCUUAAGCACUGGGCAGCACGAGACGGAUGAGGUUUUCCUCUGUGCGUGACAGCCUUGCCCUCGUGGAGCAGCUCCCUUGCAGCAAAAGCUGUGUCUUCCUGAAGCAUCCUGCCGGGUUGGGUUGUACUUCAGAUGCUGGAGCAAGUUCAGUCUGGGGAUGGUAAAACUCACGGGGAGGGGGCAGUGCCCCUCCGUAACCCGCUGGCCAGGUCCGGAUGCUCAAACAACCCUGAUUCAUGCUCUGGGGUAGGAAUUAGGGACAUGUCAGCUGCUUUCUGCAGCCUGUAAGAGGCUGCUUCAUCCCGCGAGCGUUUCUGCCCCGUCGGCAGGACGGUGCUGGGGCUGGCAGGGCGCUCGCUGCUUGGGGUUUUCUGCAGGCUCAGUGCCACUGCCCCAGGACCGGGGAGGGAUGGAGCAAUGUCCCAGCCCUGGCAAGCUUGAAAACGUACAAAAAAAUUAAAAAGUGCUUCCCUAACACUUUGAUUUUGCAACAAGAAUUAGAGGUGGCAGUCAUGUACAACUGGAUUUAAAGAAAAGAGAUUGUAGUCAAGAAAAAUCCAGAUGCUCAACAAAAUGGGAAAUUUGAGAAGAUUCAUGAUUUGUUCAAAAUUUUGCUGAACUCCUUCAUCCCCUCCGAGUCCUGGCUGAUGUUCUGCAGGCCGGGGGGGGACUCCUGAUGAGGGAGAGCCUUUCCCAUCAUCCCCAAACCACCAGGCAUUGCAACAGAGAUGGGGCUUGUAAUCUGCAUUUAGGUGGCCUAAGCUGUUUUCUUGGCAGCGAAACCAGCUGACUUCCUUGGCAAGGCUUGGAUGAAGGUCCUUGAGCAUAAACCCUCAGUGCCAGGGUUCGGAGGAGAUCUUGGUUCCUCCAGCAUGGAAGCGCAAUGUCGGGGGCUGGUAGUGCUGUGCCCGGGAGCUGCCUCGAUGGUGCAGGGUGCUUUGUGUGCCAUCAUGCUUGCUGCCUGCGCCAGCCCAGCGCAGCCUCGGUGGCAUCUCUGCUCUCCAGGUGCGUAGGGAGCAACUGCGGAGUGCAGCAAGGAAAAAUUACUUUGGCUUGCCAGUGUGUUUGGUUCAGUGUGAACGUGGUGUCUGUAACCUGCCAGGGAAAGUGGCUUUUCUAAAAAUGAGCAGUCACACGCUGUCCCCAAAAUACCACCAGGCCAGUCCUAAAAUAUCAGCCUGUUGCAAUUAAACUCUCGUCUUCAGGUGUCAUGGUCAGAGAGGGCCAGGGUCUGUGCCCUCCCUAGCCCACGGCUCUGCUGGCGUUCAACUGUGCCAUCUUGCAGAUCCCUUCUCUCCCCAAACUUGCUUCUCUGCCUGUCUGCAUGUCCCUUGCGCCGGUGGUCCUGCACAGAGAGGGGUCACGGAUGGGUGACAUGCUGCAGGGUGGCAUUCAGUUUUCUGCUUCCUCUCUCAGCCUUGCCUGCGUGGGUUCUCCUGAGUUGCGUGCCCCUCAGCGCUGGGGGCCAGAGAGCCCCCGCAAAGCUUCCUUCGUCGGAGAGGGAAUCAGGGGAGAGGCUGCCUUCCCCUGUGUGCAUUUUCUAGUUUCUCUUUUCCCAGGCCGCAGUAGCUCAGCUGUAUCGCGGUCAAACAGCAGAACUGGGGUCCCAGGCGCACAGCUGCCAUAGGACACUUCUUGUGUGGCAGGGCCAGCCGCUGGGGUGCAGGCCCUGGGUCCCCAGCCCAGGGGACCUCCUCUUCCCUGCCCCUCAAGCAGCCCUCUGCUUCCCUGCACAUCCUGCCCGAGAGCUGUGCAUGCCACCAGGUGCUGGGGGGUGUCUGGGAUCCAGUUUAUUCACGGUAAAAAUUGCAGAUUUUUGUUCCUUCACCCUCUUCACCUGCUUUCGCCCCAGAGCAAAACAGCUGCAGCCUCCCCGAGACAGCACCUUUACGGUCUCUUACUGAGGCACUCGACAUCAACGGGUGGUGGUAGCAGUCUGCCUGCUCCUGCUCACAACCCUGCAGCCGCUGCCAGCGCACCCCAGGGAGCAAAAUUCCAGCUAACCUCUGGUUUGGCAGUCGCUCCCCUGCCUGUAACCCGCCAGUCAGACCUACUCAGAGCCAAACAACUGCCUGGCUUGAGUUCAGCUCCAGCUCUUUGCCAACAUCUCCUCUGGCUCUCUGCUCCCCUGCGUUUACAGCUUGCGCUGGUACCCUACGGAGGUGUGUUAGCAGGAGGGACAGGACCUGGGACAUCUGGAUCCCAGUCUGCGCCCCUCCUGUCUGCACUGAGCUCUAGCCUGGGAGCAAGGGGCGCAGCAGCGCCUAGGCAGAUGGUUUGCAGGAAUCAGGGCAGCCGAGUUAGCUGGGCACCCCAAGAUCCCGCAUCUGGCUGUCGGGAGCAGGUCCAUGCCAGCCCCAUACGGUGGGGUCAACUUGCUGCCCCUUCCCUGUGUGCCAUCACGCCAGGGCCAGGGGUCUGGCUGCUUUGCAGUUGGGGUUUUUGCCCUCUCCAGCAGACAAAUGCAGAAGUGUGAUACGGAACCUCCCCAGCUGUGACUUCAGUGAACGGCUUCUUCCCCUCGCCCGUGUGUCGGUGAUGAGCUGGUUUCCUAGAGGUUUUGCACUCGCUGCCCGGUAGCGAUUGAACAGGAAGGACAGAAUCAGGCCGGGAUUUCCCCAGGAGUCUGCAAUUUCAGGUUCAGUGCAGAAGCUGCUCUCAAAGGUCCUUUGCGUCUCAUGCGUGUACCCACUGAAGCCAGCAGAGCCUUUGGGCCCUGGGCCCUUGCUGGGCAAUUCAGCACAUCCUCCCCCUCGGGGGGGGGGGGCCUUGAGAAACAGGAGGCUUUUGAAACCCCCAAUCCCCUGCAUCCCUGAGCUGUGCUCCCAUGGAGAGGCUGCCAACCUCAGUGCCAGUGGAGCCCAUGGUCCUAUUGCAGGCCCUGCUCUGUGCUAUGGUGGUGACUCCGGGCCAGCUCCAGUUUCAGCAAGCCCCUGACUGGGGUUUUAGAAAAAAGCCGAGAAUGGGGAGGUGAAGCAAAGCUAGUACUGGAGUUGGGCCAGGACAAGCCAUCGGCCCCUGAUGUGCAGUGCUGGCUAACCUGGAGCAAGCCGCGGCCCCUGGAUUCCCCCGUUCCUGCUUGACACCAGCAAUAGCAAGACCUGUUUUCCGUACCACAAGCUUGCACAAGGUCUUUGCCCUGUUGUAUCCUAUGCAAGCCCUUCUCCUCUCCCCCGGGGCUCUCCAGAUCCCAUCCCAGCCCAUUCUCUCUGCUCUUGUCCAUGACUUCUGAGCUCCUGCUCCCUGCUGCUCUCAGGGUCCAGCUUCAUUUCUAGCAGCUCCAAAAGCAUUUCAAGACCUGUGCCCUGGAGCUGGUGGGGGGUAGAUGAGCGGUGAGACCGCAGGAACACCCCUUCCAACUCAUGCUGCAGGAGCUGAGCACUGAAUUGGAGGGGGCAAGGCCUGGCCCUAGGGCUCUUCCACACACCCUUCACCUUCCUGUGCCUUCUGCUCGAUGCUUGGCAGCUCGCUGCCAGCAUCCUUCAUCUCGCACCAUCUCCCCCAGUACCCCUGAAUGGAGAAGCUGUGUCCCACCUCAUUGCUGCCCGGCUCUACGGGCUCCUCCGUUAAUGCCUGAGCCUCAGGCUUGGCUUGGCUGCUCUUCCUUCAACCGCCUCAAAGCCUGAAGGUGUGUUUUCCUUCCCCCUGCGCUCCCCAAUCUCUCUAACCAGCACCUCCGAGCUGUUUCCCUUCAGGCACAGCCACCGUGGGUUUCUUCGCAGCGGGGGAGAACCGUGCCACCAGCUGCCCAUAUGCUGGGGCGGAAGCGGGAGGGUUUGGGAGGUGGAUGCUGCAGGUCGGUCCUGCGGCACGGCUGCCUCUCCCUGCCCUGCUGCCCUUGGGGCAGGUGUGGGGGGACCCGGUGCUCUCUGCAGAGGUUUGAUCUUCAGGGCAGUUCACCCCUUCUGGAGAGCCGGCAGCUGCGGUGCCUUUGCCUGCGUGACGCCGCAGGCGUCUUCUCUGCCAAGACUUCUGUGUCCAUCUUGCAUCCCACCCUCAGGGGGCAAGAGGCAGCCCUGCCGUGGGUCUUCACGCCGGUAUUUCUGUUCCUCUGCUUUUGUACGCCUCUUUUGCUCCUCAGGUCUUGCAGUACCCACCCUGGUCCAGCCAAGCACCCGCCGUGUUGGAAGGAGAGGGAGUAAAACUCGCGCCCUGUUACAUCUUGGCAAAGUGCAGCUGCACCAGUAUGGGAGAGCAAAGGGGUUUGUGCUUCAACAUGGGGUGUCCUGGGUACCGAGGCCUCUUGCCGAAGAGCAUCUCUGUGCCCUGCAUCCCGGGGCUGUGCCCUGGGGAGCCACGGAGCUCCCCGCAGCAGCUCCCACAGCAGCGAGCUGGGGACGCUGCGGUUCCCCCUUCCCGGUGCCACGUCUUCCCAAAUCACUUGAAACCCACCAGCUUUUGAGCAAACCUUGUAACAUGGGGCCUCUCGGGGAGGGAAGGAGCCGUGGGAAGCCGUGCACCCUCCUGCCAGCAGUGGUUAAUUUGCCGGGAGAGGAGGAAGAGGCACCUGGUGAAGCAGAGCAGGGAUGACCCCAACCGCAUGCUUGGACCUCGCGGUCUGCAGGAAAUGACCCGUUUUCUAUGGAGGGCUCCAGCUCGUUGGGGAAACAAAGCGUUACUGGGUUGCUCUUUCUAUAUAUUUUUGUAGGACGGGGGGGUGGGAGAGCAGAUGGGAGAUGCCUGCGGAACUUGUUUAUUUUUAACCCCGUAGAAAGUUUUGGGUUGUUUUUGGUUUUGGUUUUUGGCCUUUAAAAAAAUGGUCCUUGCUUUUGAUGUUUAUGCUGCCUACCUGUAAAUCCAGAUGUACUUAAGUGGCUGAAAUCCUUGUUCUUAAAUCAGAUACACAUUAUAGUUUUGAACUAUAUAUAUAGUAAAUAUAUAUAUAUAUAUGCCUAACCCAGCAAAAAAAAAAAAAUAAAGUAUUUGGGGGUGGGGAAAUGCAUUGUUCUUUGAAAUGAAUCACAAUUGGAGGAUAAAAUUGUGUUUCUGAGUGCCUCAAGAUAUGAAUUGUUUUCAUUUUUUUAAAUAAUUUUAUACAAGUGUCAAAACAGCUGGCUGGAUUAUUUGGAAUUUUUAAAUAAUCCUAACUUUUUUAAAGUAGAUUUUGAGAACUGUCCUGUAUAUAACAGUAAUGUAGCAAUAAAUGUGACAUUUUAUAACAAUA